AUGGAGGCAUCUAUAGGCUACGACCCGAGCUACGUUUGGAGAAGUAUUUUGGGGACACGUGAGGAGGUUAGAAGAGGCAUUAAAUGGAGGGUGGGUGAUGGAAAGGAUAUCCAGGUGUGGAAGGAUCCUUGGUUACCAGGAGCAUCUUCGGGUUUGGUCAUCUCUUCUAAACCCAAUCUAGCAGUGGAGGAUAAGACAGGCAUUUUUGCUGCACCUCAGUGUCCUCUAUGCCAGACCGUGAUACCAGAGAGCUUGGAGCAUAUUUUCCUACGGUGUGCAUGGACACAACGCUUGUGGUUUGCUGCACCAGUGUCUCUACGGUCUGAUAUGAUUGAUGCACUACGACCAUGGUUGGAGAGUUUAAUAUCCGGUGCGGAUCCAAGUUUGUUACAGUUAAUUGUCAUGUUACUAUGGGCAGUGUGGAAACAAAGAAAUGAUGUCUUAUUUCAGAAUGCAAGUCCUAGUAUAGAAGCCACAAUUAACAUGGCUUUUGGGGUGCUGAAUGAUUGGUUGGCGGUUCAAGAGCAACAUGAACCAAGGGAUACAACGCAUGAUGAGGAGAGUACGAGCGACCUGCCUACAUGGAAACGACCAGCUCCAGGAUGUUUUAAGCUUAACAUUGAUGCAGGAUGGGCAGGGGAACAUGGUCAAGGCUAUGGACUGGUUAUUCGAGUUCAUGAAGGGGAGUGUUUCUUCGCAACAACUAGUUUCUCCCCGUACCGUUUGAGCCCGUUAAUGGCAGAGGCAGUGGGUGUAAGGUGGGCGUUGGCUGAAGCUCUGAGAAUUGAUAUGGAUUCUGUGAUUAUGGAAACCGAUUUAGUAGAGGUUAUAUCAUGUUUUGUAGGUAGAAAGUGUGUUGCUAAUUUAGAAACUGUUAUUCAAGACUGUAGGAACCUUGCAGUUCAGUUUGCAUCUUUCAGUAUUGUUCAUACUAAGAGGGAAGGAAAUAGAGUAGCUCAUGCUCUAGCGGCUAAGGCCUCAGAUUAUCAGAACCGUUGUUGGUGGUCUGAGUUUCCAUCCUUUCUUAAUUCCGCUAUUUUAGCUGAUGUAUUUUCUGUUUCAAUUUAA